AUGCUGACUCCCGCCUACACCACGCAAGCCAGGCAAGCUACAAGAGCACUGCAGCCUGGGAGAAGCCAGCCCUGCCAUCCCACUCCACACACAGUCCGAGCGAAGAAGUUUGGGGACGGCAAGGUGUCUGAGCUCCUGUGCGGAGCAGUGGCCCUGGGUGUCUGCCAGGGCUACAGGUCACAGAGGGCUUUAAAGGCUGUCCUCCAAGAAGCCCCGAAGCUGGUGCGACUAAAGCCUGAGAGGGGCAAGGUCCUCGAGAAUCAUGAGGCAUUCCCGCCGCCUCCGAAGGUGCCCACUACAUGGUGGCAACUGCUGCAUCACAUCCUCUUCUUUGGUCUUGGGCUCUGGACGCUUCUGCUUGAGCCCAUGUGGAUACCCGACUGGAAGUUGGUACUUGUCAUGUAUCUCUACAGCGACUUCAUGUCCGCCUUGCUACAUCGGACCUUCGACCACGAGGAGUGUCUAAAGGUCCCUGCUCUUGAUUUCGUGGCCUAUGGCUUUCAGAUGCACCAUGCUUGGCCGAUGGAGUCAACCAAAGGAGUGGGUCUCUAUCGUCUCUUCUGUGACACCGUCCGGAUUCAGUGGAUUCUUCUGGCCUGCUUUGCGAUUAUAUCCUCCCACACGCUGCUUGCCGCUCAGAUCCUCUACUUGAA